ACGUGAAUGAAAGACAGUAGAAAGAAGAAAGAAAGAGAGAAGAAGGUGAGCGUCCUAUAAAGCGUGAAUCAACCAACGCCUGACACUUCCUCUUUCUCCGAGGAUCUCUUAAUCGCGUUUAGAAUUCUCCGACGACGGCUCAAGUCGUGAUCAGUCCAUCGGGAUCUGGAUCAUUUUGACCAGAUAUGGCGGCGGAGAACGAGCGAAAAUCUUCUGCGGUCUCCGAUAUGGGAGCUUGGGCAAUGAAUGUGAUCAGCUCCGUUGGAAUCAUCAUGGCGAAUAAACAGCUAAUGUCUUCUUCUGGUUUCGCCUUUAGCUUCGCAACGACUCUCACCGGAUUCCAUUUCGCUUUAACUGCAUUGGUCGGUUUGGUCUCGAACGCUACGGGAUUCUCAGCAUCCAAACAUGUCCCUAUGUGGGAGCUAAUUUGGUUCUCCAUCGUCGCUAAUGUCUCUAUAGCAGCCAUGAAUUUCAGUCUCAUGCUCAAUUCCGUCGGUUUCUACCAGAUCUCGAAGCUGAGCAUGAUUCCUGUGGUCUGUAUCAUGGAAUGGAUUCUUCACAGCAAAAGAUACUCCAGAGAAGUGAAAGUAUCUGUUGUGGUUGUUGUUGUAGGUGUUGGUAUUUGCACUGUCACUGAUGUUAAGGUUAAUGCCAAAGGUUUCAUUUGUGCAUGUGUUGCUAUUUUCUCCUCUUCUUUGCAGCAAAUUUUAAUAGGUUCCUUGCAGAAGAAAUAUUCAAUUGGGUCUUUUGAGUUGUUGAGUAAAACAGCACCGAUUCAAGCUCUUUCGCUUCUCGUUGUUGGUCCUUUAGUUGAUUAUCUCCUUAGUGGGAAGUUCAUAAUGAAAUAUAAUAUGUCUUCUGGUUGCUUUCUAUUCAUCCUUCUCUCAUGUGCUUUAGCUGUCUUCUGCAAUAUAAGCCAGUACCUUUGCAUCGGGCGGUUUUCAGCAGUAUCGUUCCAGGUUAUAGGUCACAUGAAAACAGUGUGCAUUCUCACACUGGGAUGGGUUUUGUUUGAUUCUGCAAUGACUUUCAAAAACGUGGCGGGCAUGAUUGUUGCGAUUGUUGGGAUGGUAAUCUACAGUUGGGCCAUGGAAUUGGAGAAACAGUCUAUUCUUGCAGCAAAGGCUUUGAACAGUGUGAAACACAGCUUAACAGAAGAAGAGUUUGAACUUUUGAAGGAAGGUGUAGAAACUACACAGUCGAAAGAUGUUGAACUUGGCCACACAAAAGCUUAGUCAGAGAUGGAUAGAAAACAUAGUCUUCAGGUACAAUUUGUUCUGUUAUAAUCUUGUAUUUGUUUUGUGUUAUUUAAAACCAAAGGUGGUGGUCGAAUAACGCAGAGAUCGAAUUCUCCCAUUUAAGGAUC